AUGUAUUUGCCUCAGAUCAUACAGCGAGGCUGGCCCUUCUUAGCCCUCUUCACCCCCUGGGACAAGAGCCAGUGGAUUGCCUCUGACGACACUGUUCGCGGAGGGAAGAGCCGUUCCACUCUAGAGGUUAUCCAGCCCAAGACACCCGACAAUCUUUGUUGGGUACCCAUUGCUAAGUUCUCUGGUCAUCUGGAUUAUUCCACUCUUGGGGGGGCUGGCUUCGCUUCUCAACGCACCGUCGACGAUUGGCCAGGACUUGAUUUAUCCGACUACGAUAGCAUUCUGCUUGAAAUACCGUAUACAGAUGGAAAGAAGUAUUCAUUCAAUCUCAAAGACACUGUGCUUCCUCCAACGGAAGACGGCAGAGAGCAGGCCACCAUCAGCUGGGAAUUUGACUUCCAGCUUCCUCCCACAGAUGCAAGCAAGAAAUCAGGAUCCUUUAACCAAGUCGUCAUCAAAUUUGCAGACCUAGUACCGACCUUUCGAGGCACGGUACAAAAUGACACCGAACCUCUUGACUUGGCGAAUAUCAAGAGAGUCAAUAUCAUGAUCCGCAGCUUCUUUGCGCAGCAGGACGGAGAUUUCGACCUGCGUAUCAAGUCGAUUGUUGCUAGGAACGAGGCCUCGUCGCAGGCAAAGCCGAGAUCAUUAUUGUAGACCCAACCGUUGAGGAGAACGAGGGAAGAGCCAGUACAUUGAGACAGCUCGGAUCCACGAAAAAAACCACAAUUGCAGAAGAG